AUGUCCAAGAUUCCCCCUCCUGCUCCACCUCCGCCACGAGGUGGCCUGUCUCUCUAUGCCAAUCUCCUCGAUCCCAAAAAUGCCACCGCGCCCGGCACCAUUUCGAGUGCUCCCGUCUCAUACAAUCGAACGCCUGAACAAGAUGAAGCUGUCAAAAAGCAGCAAGCUCUGGCUGGUACAUCAAUCAUCGCCACUGCUCAAAAGGCAAAGGCCAAAGCCAUUGCGAGCAAAUUUGCACCACCACCUGUCAACGCCACUCCCGCCACUGCUACUACCACUGCUCCAGUUGCCCGCCAUGAAUCCCCCCAACGUACUGCGACUGAUACCCCUCCGCUGCCCGUUGCGCCUAAAACUACUCUUGCUGAUUGGGUUGCGACCGCGUCGGAUGACGAAGAUGUAAACAACUUCUAUCAAGGGGAGAAGCGACAGAGAGGCGGUAGGAAGAAGCGGAAGAAGAAUAAAGAAGCUGCCAUACUCACUCAAGAUUGGGAUGAUAUCUACGAUCCGAGCAGGCCAAACAACUAUGAAGAGUACAAAAAUAGUGAGGAGAAGAUUCGUGAGAUUCGAGACUGGAAGGAUCUUCUCUACCGACACAAGAUGAAGCGACGAGACUCCUCCGCCUCUGUUAGUGAUGACCAUCGACCUACCAUGAACAGUGAGUGGUUCACCCCUGUCCUGCUGAAAUAUGUGCUGAUCAUUGUCGCAGAACAAUUUGCACCACCCAUGUCGUUCGCACCACCUCCAAACAUCAAUGAUGACGACCACAUCCCUCCACCACCAGCUGAUGUUCCCGAUGACCCUACAGGGGAAGAUGCUUACAUGAGAAGGUUACGCAUGAGUCAAAACAACUCAAAUGAUCAACCUCCUCCACCUCCGCCAGCAGAUCUACCAGACGAUUCCAAUGGCGAAGAUGCGUAUGCGCGAAGAUUACGCCUGAGUCAAAGUCAGACAGCAGGUUCUGUUCCGCAUCCACCUCCACCACCUGCUCCUGGCCAAAUCUCGAGGGCGCCCGUACGGUACAGCCUACCUCCCGCACCCGAAGAAAUCCCUUCCACAGAAGCAGAAUUAGAAAACAGGCUGGCCGAAUCCGGACGUGAGGAAGACGCAACGACCGAUGCACCUCGGUCCAACAGACCUGGCCAAGCUGGAUUUGCCGAAAGACUCAUGUCAAAAUACGGAUGGGCCAAAGGACAAGGACUCGGUGCUCAAGGCACUGGUAUCAUCAAUCCGUUGUAUGCCAAGGCAGAGAAGCGAAAGAAGAAGUCUGACGCAGAGGGAGGAGGUUUUGCCACGCCUACAGCCAUGGGCAAGAUUCUUGGAGGAAACAAAUCCAAGUCGGCACAAGCCGAGGAAGAAGGCAAAUUUGGUACGAUGUCAGAAGUUGUCCGGCUGGACGGCAUGCUUGACGGGCUCGAUCUAGACGAGGAACUUCAGCGGGAGGAGGGCGGCAUAAUGCAGGAAAUCGGGGAGGAAUGUGGUGAGAAGUAUGGCAGUGUUCAGCGGGUGUACAUUCAUGCAGCAGAGAAUCCGGACGAGCAAGCGCUGGUGUUUGUGGCAUUUGUGAGUCAGCUGAGUGCCUUGCGUGCAGUGAAUGCCCUCGAAGGUCGCAUUUUCAACGGCAAUCAGAUCAAGGCGAGAUUCUGGCCCAAGGAAAAGUUUGAUGCACAAGAGUACUAUUGA